AUGACAAUAACCUCGCAGCAGAUCAUUUUGCCAUCGCGCUCAACGAACGGAGGCGAUCGAAAUGAAGCAAAGCCUCCGCCGCAGAUUCUCAAUGCCAAAGAUUUUCCUUUCAAGGGCUACCAACCCCCUCAGCCAGAUGGAUACGAGCAGAGCAGAGCUUCGCCUGGCUCAAGCGCAAUAGUGAUUGACAAUGGCUCACACACGGUCAAGGCCGGAUGGUCAUUUGAUAAGAAUCCGCGAUUCGUGAUCCCCCCCGUCAUGAGUCGCUAUCGAGACCGGAAGUUGAACAAAGGCUGCCAGUUUAUCGGAUAUGACGCCUAUGUUGACGCCACAACUCGUGGACAGCUGAGAUAUGCUUUUGAUCCUGGUACCAGCGUAGUUGGCAACUGGGAGGUUAUGGAAGGCAUCUUGGACUAUCUUUUUAUCAAACUAGGGGUUGACGGUUCGAACGGAAACGUGGAUAGACCGAUUGUCAUGACCGAAUCGAUCGCAAAUCUUGCAUACCCUCGACGAAUGAUGAAUGAGAUCCUGUUCGAAUGCUACGGCGUCCCUUCUGUCGCAUAUGGCGUCGAUUCAUUAUUCUCGUACCGAUAUAAUCGCGGAAAAGAUGGAUUGAUAGUAUCAUCGUCGCAUACUGCUACGCACGUCGUCCCAGUGAUGAACUCAAAGGCACUAUUUUCCAAUGCUUCGAGAUUGAACUGGGGCGGCCAACAAGCUUCAGAGUAUUUGCUGAAACUCAUGCGACUUAAAUAUCCCGCCUUCCCGGGCCGAAUGACGGAACAUCAAAUGGAAGAUUUGAUACAUAAACUCAGCUACGUGUCUUUGGACUAUAACGAGGAAAUCAGCCACUUUUUAGACUGGACUGGGCUAGAGGAUCGCGAUUAUGUUGUACAAUACCCAUUCACUGAGCAUGUCGUUGUUGAAAAGACUGAAGAAGAGCUUGCACGCAUAGCUGAACGCAAAAAGGAAAGCGGCCGUCGUUUACAAGAGCAAGCGGCCAAGAUGCGAUUAGAGAAGCUGAUGAAAAAGGAGCAAGAGCUGGAAUACUACAAGGACCUACAACAAGGGCUGGCUCAACAGACGAAGAAAGAAGUCCGGCGGAUUCUAGAAAGCGAGGACAUGAAAGAUGAAGCGCAUCUGGAGCGGACGAUACGAGAUCUUGAGCGCUCAAUCAAACGGUCUAGAAAUAAGGAUCUGGGCAACGACGAAACCGAAGAGAAUCAAGAAGAAGUCACAUUUCCAUUGCUUGAUGUUCCGGAUGAGGAGCUAGACGAAGCGGGUAUCAAAGAGAAGCGCCAUCAACGCCUGAUGAAGUCGAACAUGGAAGCACGGCAACGCGCCAAAACAGAGAAAGAACGAGAGAAAGCUCGCGUUGAAGAGGAACAGCGCCUGGACGAUGAACGGCGCGAGAAUGAUUUUGAAGAGUGGAUUGGUGAGCGGAGAGCAGCCCGUCAAGUUUUGCUUCAGAAGAUUAAGGAGCGCGAGCGUCUCAAGGCCGACCUUGGAAAUCGAAAGUCCCUUGCGAGUCAAAUGCGUAUGAAGACGCUGGCAAAUCUUGCUGCCGAUGGGCCUAAAAAACGACGAAGGGGUGGUGAUGAUGACACGUUCGGUGCCGAUGACGCCGAUUGGGGUGUCUACCGAACAGUUGCCACGGGAGAGCAGAGCGAUGACGAGGAGGAAGAGGAUGCGAAUGCUUCUCUAAAGACAAUAGAGGAGCAAUUACUCAAGUAUGACCCGGAGUUUACCAACGAGCAUACAUUAGAAGCCCAGACGGAUUGGACUAAGAGUAUGGUACAUGCUUUCCUGCGCGGUCCUUGGCCGUUCGACCCCGAGAGCCAGCGUGAAGCGUAUCAGAUCCAUUUGAACGUCGAGAGGAUCAGAGUCCCCGAGGUGGUCUUCCAGCCAUCCAUUGCUGGCGUUGAUCAGGCAGGGCUGAUUGAAAUCGCGGCUGGCACGCUCAACCAAAGGUUUACUGUUGACGAGGACCGCACGCGUCUCCUCAAAGACGUCUUCCUUACUGGCGGCAAUACGCUAUUCAAGAGUUUUGACGAGCGACUGAAGACUGAUCUACGUGGUUUUCUGCCAGUGGGCUCCAAUUUAUCGGUCCGCCGCGCGGCGGAUCCGGUUCUCGACGCCUGGAAAGGUGCUGCUCAGUGGGCAUCGGGAUCCGCACUCGCGUCGUCGUCUAUAACGCGGGCAGAGUUUGACGAGAAGGGUAGCGAGUACUUGAAGGAGCAUGACCUAGGAAACGUAACUAGCGUGUAG